AUGAAUGGCCAAGGCACUAUCUCGUUUGAUGAAAUUCGCGUGGAUACAAGCUAUAUCGUGGAAGAUGGGGGCAAGAAAGCAGAUGAUACAUUAAAGAGCUUAGAGUUUGAUCGUGAGCAGAAGCUGACGAUAGUCCCCACUGAUGAUACAGAGGUAAGAGAGAGCUUAGUACACCUCGGGCAGCCUGAAGCACUGGAAAAUGAAAGCAACAGAGACAGGCGUGAUCGCCUUUCAGACCUGCUGUACCAAAAUCCAGAUAUUCGCGCCCAGUUCCUCGAACGCCAGGCGAAAAGCCCUUCCCUGGAGACAGGACCUAGCGAGGCAAGUGAGAGCGAAGACGAAGAGUUUUAUACGCCGGCCAGUGGGUCGCUAGUGGAGUGUAGGCAGUUCCUGAUACAGGAUUCGUUGGGGCGAGCACGGGAAAGGCUUCGUAAUGAAAGAGGCCACGCUGACUCGCAAGAUGUUAGCACAACAAUUGUUCAGAGACGAAAGCUAAAUGCGGAGCUAUCUAAAUAUGAGCUGUGGGGAUCUCAAGUUGCGUCCUCGAGACCAGUCUCCGGGGUUUUACUGUCUCCAAAUCAAAAGUCGGUGGCGUGCGGAAGCUGGCAUGGCGACGUCAAAAUCAUCGACUCCGAAACGUUAGAGAUUUUGGCCAGCUUCGAUGCGAUUCACGACGAUAAGAUUGGCGGCUUGGACUGGAGCUCUGACUCAACGCUCUUAGUUACAGGUGGUGCGGACAGAAUAGUCAAGGUUUGGAAGCCAUCUUCACCAAACGAUUCUACUGCCGUGCUUAAAGGCCACGAAGGAAGGGUCGUGAAGGUCAAAUUCCACCCCAGCGACAGGUACGUAGCAAGCGCAUCCUUUGACAUGACGUGGAGACUUUGGGACGUUGAGAGGCAAGUUGAGUUGCAACUGCAAGAAGGGCAUGCAAAAGAAGUUUAUUGCUUAGAUUUCCAGUGUGAUGGGUCACUGCUGUGUAGUGCAGGGCUCGACUCCAUAGGCCGCAUCUGGGACAUGCGGUCGGGGCAGUCAUUGAUGAUUCUUGAAGGACAUGCCAAGCCUAUAUAUGGGGUUAGUUGGUCUCCUAAUGGCCAUCAUGUUGCUACAGGUAGCGCCGACGGCACCGUGAAGGUAUGGGAUAUACGAAAAGUUGGCAACCCAUUUUCAAUUUUGGCACACAAUAACAUUGUAUCGGAUGUCAAAUUUGAUAAGGUUAGCGGGAGAACCUUGGUUUCAAGUUCCUACGAUAAAACUGUAAGUGUCUUCGCAUCGGAUAGUUGGCUAAGGUUAGCAUCUUUGAAAGGGCAUACUGACAAGGUCAUGUCAAUUGAUAUAUCGCACGAUUUUUCACACCUGUACAGUAGUGGAUGGGAUAGGUCUGUGAAGUUAUGGAAACUAGGAGUAUGUAAUUCCUAA